AUGGGUAGCAUCUUCGCUGACUUCCAUGAAGCCCAGCGCGUAGGCGACGGCCGACUUCUGGCAUCAUGCCUCGCUCCCGUCGACACGGCUCGGGAUCCUCAUCGUUUGCAGUCAUUCGCCCGAAUUUCGAAUUACGAGUCGAUUGGGCCGGAUAUACGCUAUUACUUGAUCCAAGGCGGCAAGAAUAUCGUGGAACUGCCUAAGGCCGAAGUUAAUGUUUGGGUCGACAUUUUCGUCGCCCUCUGGAAAUGUGUCAAAGAACUUCUUGUGCUACAGCAAGACGACGGCACAGGAGACUGGUCCAAGGCCUUUGAUGCCUACAAAGAAGUAUGCAAUCUCCUGGUCAGAGGGUACCAGAACUUCGGAUUCCAGUCUUGGACAGUCCCGUGUCUCUACACAGCGGGGAAGUUUAUCAGAAUCAUCGCAAUUAAGUCAGAUUGUGAGAUCAAGGCCAAAGACGGAGAUGGAGAUACCUUUGCCAAAGGGCUUUCAGACGAUAUUGUGGGUGACACGAACAAGAAUGAGAAACUCGAGCAGGCAGCCUGGACCAUCAACCGUAUGUUCACCGUGUGUUUGACCGACCGAUCCGAAAUGACCGAGUCACGAAAAUGGGGUAUCUACAGCACCACCAAUCUUCUCUUCAAGACGUACUUCAAACUCAACUCCAUCUCACUGACUCGGAACGUCAUUCGUGCCUUGGAAGCCGCCUCAGGUGAUUUGCCACCUCUGGAACUGUUUCCAAAAUCUCAUCGGUGCACGUUCAAGUACUACAGAGGAGUCAUCGAUUUUCUGCAGGAGAGUUACGGUGAAGCCGAGGAGAAUCUUAUGGAAGCCUUGAAGCUAUGCCACAAAGACUCACUGAAAAAUCGCGAACAGAUCCUCACGUACCUUGUUCCGGCACAUGUGGUGAAUCACCAUCAACUCCCUAGACCCGGCCUGCUUGCACCCCAUCCCCCUCUCGACAGGAUUUUCACGCCCAUCUUCACAUCCAUCCGUCGUGGCUCACUGGCAUCCUUUGACAAGGCCCUUUCCUCCGCCGAACCCGAACUUGUCAGGCGUCGCAUCUAUCUCACCCUAGAACGGACCCGCGACAUCUGCCUGCGUAAUCUGUUCCGGAAAGUCUUUCUCGCCGCGGGCUGGGAAGAGACCAAGGACGCCACGACAGGUGAAGUGACAGGCCAGAUUCGCCGAACAAGGAUCCGCAUUGAAGAAUUCGAGGCCGGCAUGCGUGUGGGUUACAAAGGCGCUACGGAUGUCAUGGUGGAGAGAGACGAAGUUGAGUGUUUCCUGGCCAACAUGAUUUAUAAGGUGCGUUUGUCUUGUCUCCCGUCUGCCUUUUGGGCAACCCAGUUUCAAUCUGCUUUCCCAAUGGAGUGUCGCAAGACAUGGCUGCCUAAGUGA